UUAUGUUUAAUUUAUUAAAUGAGUUCAUUUUAAUCAGAGCAGCAGUUUGUCUCAUGAAAAACGAUGGAGUCUUCCUGUUGUCUCUUCACGUCACUGAGGGCACAUAAUGAGCUCCACCCUGUAGGCAGGACACAGAGGUGUGUGACAAGCAGGUUUGACAACACCUGAAACCAGAAAUGAGUUGCACCUCAGACCGGAUCUUUUUAAGAGUAGUUAGGAGGAGGACUUUCUUUAGAUUUAUGUAACAAAAACUUUAACAUGAAGUCAUUUUUUCCAGUUCAAUCUUUCAUCUUUAACUGUUGCGUACAAUAACUGGAUUUCAUGGCCUAAAUGGCAGCUGUUACUGUAGUUUUCUUAAUGGCUACAGCCUUCUGAAGCUGCACAACAAACUUUUUUCAAUGUCUCAGGACUCAUAUUUUCAUUGUUUAUGACUUUUGUUGGACAUAUUUUGAGAUCUGUGCUGACCAGUGAAAAUGGGGACCUCUGUUUUGUAUGAAGUCAAGACUGAGAGAGGAGUCUUUUGCAUGCUUCUGCUCCUCUACCUCUGUUGUUCUGGAGGGAAAUGUGAGCUUCAGGAGUCACAACCUGCACAGACGAGCAACCGCCCCACUGUCAAACCUUUCAACAAUGAACCCCAAGCCUUCCCUGAAGAGGAGCGGGCCAGCCUUCCUGUGUUUACAAUGGACUACCCUCGGAUCCAGGUCCCCUUUGAGUUUACAUUGUGGAUACUGCUGGCCUCUUUUGCCAAGAUUGGUUUCCACAUUUACCAUAAAAUCACUAUCUGGAUCCCUGAGUCCUGCCUCCUGAUCGUGAUUGGCCUCAUUGUCGGAGGCAUCAUGCACACAGUCAAAGAGGAGCCCCCCACCGCCCUCAGCUCCAACGCCUUCUUCCUCUACAUGCUCCCACCAAUUGUCCUCGACAGCGGCUACUUCAUGCCCACCAGGCCGUUCUUCGAAAACUGUGGCACGGUGCUGUGGUAUGCUGUUGUGGGAACCCUGUGGAACAGUAUUGGCAUCGGGCUUUCCCUCUUCGCCAUCUGCCAGUUUGAGGUGUUCGGACUUCAGGAUAUCAACCUGGCGGAGAACUUGCUAUUUGCCGCCAUCAUCUCAGCUGUGGACCCAGUGGCUGCUCUGAAUGUGUUUGAGGACAUGGGAGUCAAUGAACAGAUAUAUAUAGUCAUAUUUGGAGAGGGACUGUUCAACGAUGCUGUCACUGUGGCACUUUACAGCAUGUUUUCCUUUUUGGCAGACAUGCCAGUUGUUGAAUCAACUGAUGUGUUUCUCGGAGUUGCCAGGUUCUUCGUGGUGGCAUUCGGAGGUGUCUUCUUUGGUCUCGUGUUUGGAUUUGUGGCUGCGUUCACCACACGGUUCACUCACAAUGUCCGUCAGAUCGAGCCCCUCUUCAUCUUCAUGUACAGCUACCUGGCGUACCUGGUGGCUGAGUGUUUCGCCAUCUCCAGCGUCUUGGCCAUUAUUACAUGUGCCAUAACUAUGAAGUACUACGUGGAGGAGAAUGUAUCGCAGAGAUCCUGCACCACCAUCCGCCAUGUUGUCAAGAUGCUGGCGACCGUCUCUGAAACUCUCAUCUUCUUCUUCCUGGGUGUUAUUACCGUAACGGUUGAGCACGAGUGGAACUGGGCCUACAUUCUGUUCACGCUGGUGUUUGCCUUUUUCUGGAGAAUAAUUGGUAUUUUGGUGCUGACUCAGAUCAUCAACCCGUUCCGUACCAUCCAGUUCAAAUACAAGGACCAGUUUGGUCUCGCCUACGGAGGCCUGCGAGGGGCAAUCUGCUUUGCCCUGGCUUUCACUUUGCCUGAUAGUAUUAACAGAAAGGAUCUUUUCGUCACUGGUUCAAUUGCCAUUAUUAUAUGCACAGUUUUCAUACAGGGAAUCAGCAUCCGCCCCAUCGUAGAAUAUAUGAACAUCAGGAAAACCAAUAAAGACAAGCAAACCAUCAACGUAGAGGUUCACACCAGGGUGAUGGAGCACAUUAUUUGUGGUGUUGAGGACUUGUGUGGACAAUGGAGCCAUUAUUACUGGAAAGACAAGUUUAAGAAGUUCAACGAUCGUGUUUUGAGGCGAAUCCUGGUCCGAGAUCACAGGGCUGAGUCCAGCAUUGUGUCUCUCUAUAAGAAACUGGAGCUGCAGAAUGCUAUUGACCUACUGGACACACCUAUUGGCGACCUCAGCGCAGCGCCAUCUAUCAUUUCUUUGCAAGACGAGAAGAAGGAAGCGUCUCGACCAAAGAAGAAGUUCAUGGCUGCUGAAGUGAGAAAUAUGCAUGACAUCCUGUCAAAGAACAUGUACAAGAUCAGACAGAAGACGAUGGCUUACACCAACAAAUACAAUCUGCCUGAUGAGAGCAGAACCAGGGAGAUUCUGAUUCGCCGCCACGCAAGCAUCAGACGCACCAUCCGUGCUGGAAGUUUCCGUGACCCGCCUGAACGAAACAUCCCAAGGUCUCAAAAGUACUACUCCCUCCAACCUGGAGGGGAUCUGGAGGCCGCCUUUGCCCUCAGGAGACGAAGUCAUGGUAGUGGUAGCGGCGACGUGGACCAUCUCUCAGCCCAUGUCCAGUUCGCUGGUGCGUCGGCUCGCUCCUCAUCCCGCUCUGUAGUUCCUAUGAGAAGGCUGAACACCAUCGAAGAGAUAAAAAAUCCAGCAGAGCAGCCAGCCGUUUCUGUCCACCCACCCCAACGCUCUAAUGGGGAAGAUGCUUUGAACAAGACCGGUCCUGGAAGUCUGGGAGGUUCUAGCCUCAGAGGCAGGAGAGGACCUGUUCCUGCACCCAGGAGAAGCAGUUCGGAUUGGGUAGAGGAAGAUGCAAAUGACUCUGAAGAUACAGGAGAAAGGGUUGACCCUCCCCAGCUACCACCACCUCGUGGAUGGGUACCUGAGAACCAGGAUCCUGGAGAAAAUGGUGCAGGAAACGCCCUUAUUAGACAGUCGCCACAUCGGUCUAUGAGAUUUUGAUGGACAGAAAGAGACAUUUUUUGAUAUCAUCUUUUCUUCUCUUGGGUUGAUUUACUGCUCUUGUCUCUAAGAUAUAAAUAUUUUGGUUUGGCCCACUGAGAUUUUGCUGUUUUUUUUACACAUGCACAGUUUUUAUCCAGAAUAUAUUGGGGGUUUUGUUUCAAAACAUGUGGGGUAUGAAUGUAGGAAAAUAAAUACAACAAACCUCGACUCGCUUGUACUCUCUAUCUAAUAGCUUUUUCCUCAGAAUAAAAAUAGCAAUAGUUUUAUCUAACAUGACGGAUUAAUGAGUGAUUAGUUGGACUGCCAAUCAAGAGUCAACACAACACACU